CCCGGGAGAAAAAAAAAACUUCAUUCUCUCAAUCAUCAACACUUUUAAAUCCAAUCAAAUAAAAUGCGAACAACAAGAAGUCAAUCUAAACAGCAACCUCAAAAACAAGAAGAAGAUUCAUCGGCGAGUAAAUCAAAGGGAGGUGUUGGCAAGAAACGUGUAAACUCUCGUGGCGGUGGCUCGUCCAAGGCGAAGAAAUCCCUCAAUCUUACCCAACCUGAUGCCUUCAAGGCUGAGGUAAAUGGAAAUGAUAAUGAUGAAGAGAAAGCAAGCAUAGAGGUUACAAAUAGUGUUGUUGUUGGAAGUGAAAGUGUUUUACCAGAAAAGAAUGUGGAAGCGGUAAGGAGUUUUAGUCCUGACAAGAAAGAAGAUGCGGAUGAAUUUGAUUGGGAAGAUGGUUAUGUAUCUGGGGGAGAGGAUGUUGACGGCAAUUCGGAGAAUAAUGUGGCGAGGGAAAUGGUUAUUGAAUUUAAUGAUUCUCCAUCUUCUUCUAAGCGCAAACCUAUUCGAAGAGCUUCGGCGGAAGACAAGGAAUUGGCUGAACUAGCACAUAAGACUCACUUGCUGUGCUUACUAGCACGUGGAAGGAUCGUUGAUAGAGCUUGCAGCGAUCCUCUUAUUCAGGCGGCCUUGCUUUCGCUUUUACCGACAUACUUGCUGAAGAUAACAGAAGUUCCAAAGUUGACUGCUAAGGAUUUAGGUUCCAUUGUCAGAUGGUUCCAUGAUAACUUUCAUGUUACAAACCCAACUAGUUCAGAGAGACUAUUUCAGUCAAGUCUGGCUGCGGCUGUUGAAAAUGGUAAAGGAACUGCAGAAGAGAUUUCUGCAUUAUCUGUGGCGUUAUUCAGAGCUCUCAAUCUUUCAACUAGAUUUGUGUCCAUUCUUGAUGCUGUAUCUCUCAAACCACAUAUGGGCAUGUCUGGCUGUUUGAGCCAAGAUGCAGUUUGCACUGAGAAUGACAUAAUUAAGUCGUCUACUUUGAUGGUGCCCAAGUUAGAUCCAGUUUCCAUUUCUCCGACCAAGUUGUCCCACCCCAAAACUGGCUUCAGUGAAGAUGUUGGAACUUCUAGUGGGGGUGCAUGCAAAAUCAAGGAACGAAGCUCAGCAAGAAGAGUCGACCAGUCAAAAUCUGCUCAGGUUUCUGGUGCGAUUAGUGACGGAAAACAGGAUAUGUCAGCUUCGGACAAGAGUAAUAACUCUAUAGCAUGUUCAACCAAGAAAGUUGAAGGAUCAAAGAGGAAAGGUGAUAUGGAAUUUGAAUUGCAGUUAGAAAUGGCUCUCGCUGCCACUGCAGCUGGUGCCCAUGAUGCCAAGUUAAGUUCUGAAAUGAAUGACUUGCCUUGUAGUUCAUCACAUAAUUCAUCUCCAUAUAAAAAACUAAAAAUAGUCCAAAAUGAAGAGUUCCCAAAUUCUCGUCAGGGGGUCUCCGUUGCAAUUGGUUCAAGAAAAGUUGGAGCUCCUUUACAUUGGGCUGAAGUAUUUUGCAGUGGAGAAAACAUGACUGGUAGGUGGGUGCAUGUUGAUGCUGUCAAUGCUAUUGUUGAUGGUGAGCAAAAAGUUGAAGCUGCAGCUGCUGCCUGCAGGAGAUCUUUGAGAUACGUAGUUGCUUUUGCAGGGAAUGGGGCUAAAGAUGUGACUCGCAGGUACUGUAUGAAGUGGUACCAGAUUGCAUCAAAGCGGAUUAAUUCAUGUUGGUGGGAUGCAGUUUUGGCACCUUUAAAAGAUCUGGAGUCUGUUGCCACUGCAGGAUUGGUUCAUUUGGAAGCCAGUUCAAACACCACAUCAAGCAACCUGUAUAAGGUUAAGACACUAGAAAAAUGUAGUUCCACUGAGGGGGGUGUGAAAAGUUCUUCAGUUCAAGAACAUCCUGUUUACUGUAGUGCCAAUGAGAUGCAUGGGAUGAAAGAGACUAAACAGAAUCUUAUGAACAUGGGUGUGCAAUCUUCAUCUCAGUGCGGGAUGGCGACUAGGAACUCUCUUGAGGAUAUGGAGCUUCAAACUAGGGCAUUAACCGAACCACUUCCAACUAAUCAACAAGCCUACAGAAAUCACCACCUUUAUGCUCUUGAAAGGUGGCUUACCAAGAACCAGAUACUUCAUCCUAAGGAUCCUAUACUUGGCUAUUGUUCUGGUCAUCCUGUCUAUCCUCGAAACUGUGUACAAACGCUACAUUCACAACAUAGAUGGCUACGAGAGGCAUUGCAAGUUAAAGCAAGUGAAAAACCUGCCAAGUUGGUGAAGCGAUCUUCAAAAAUUGGCAAGGUACAAGCAUCUGAACCAGAAGCUGAUAAAGAAGAUGAAGGUGAAGAAAAUAUUGCACUUUAUGGGAGGUGGCAAUUGGAACCUUUGAACCUUCCUUGUGCAGUAAACGGGAUUGUACCUAGGAAUGAACGUGGUCAAGUAGAUGUAUGGUCCGAGAAGUGUCUCCCACAUGGAACUGUACACCUAAGGCUGCCUAGGGUCUACACUGUUGCGAAGAGGCUCGGAAUUGAUUCGGCCCCUGCCAUGGUUGGGUUUGAUUUCCGCAAUGGUCGAACAGUUCCCAUCUUUGAAGGGAUAGUGGUCUGCACCGAGUUCAAAGAUGCUAUCUUGCAGGCAUAUGCAGAAGAAGAAGAGAGAAGAGAAGCCGCAGAGAAGAAAAGAAAUGAAGCCCAAGCUAUUUCUAGGUGGUAUCAACUUCUUUCGUCAAUCAUAACUCGGCAAAGAUUGAACCAAACUUACGGUGAUGAUUCAUGUCCCCAAACCUCCCAUGUAGCCAAGCAGAUUGACAAUGAUAUCUGCCACACUGAAAUUACUAAAUCUGAAGAUGAAAUGCAAUCAAAUGCUCAGUAUAGACAAGACUAUGGUCAUAAUUCCAGAUCUGAUUUCGCUCAGGGCCAUGAACAUAUAUACCCAAUAGACAAUCAGAGUUUUGAUGAAGAGAGCUCAAUACGAACUAAACACUGCCCAUGUGGAUUCUCAGUGCAGGUUGAAGAGUUAUAGCAUAUAAAACCAAGUGACCUGAAUAAGGAAUUUUAUCCAGGGAUAGGCAUUAGAUUGUGUCUUCAUGCAAUAUUCAUUCAGUGCUGGUGUCUGGUAAAGUAUUUUAAGAUGUGCCCAACUUCAGCAAAGUUUAUGAGAAGGCUAAUCUGCCCGCGGUGUAAGCCUUUCAAGUUUGGUGCUUAAUAUUCCAAUGUAUAGUGAAGAGUGCAUAAUUAGAAUGAUAGCAUUCAGCAUUUUGUCAAGUAACUUGUUAUUGGGGCGGCAUGGUUUAUUAGAGGGGCGACAGUGUGAUAGUAAUGUCCCUCUAGUUGGUUAGGGGAUGUCCUAUAAGGGGUGUAAAUUAACUAGAUUACCCUCCCCGUUUUUUAACCUAAA